CUAACAUUACAGUUGAUCCUCCAAUGCCACCUGGUCCCCCUCCUGCGACGACUGAAGCACCUCCAUUGCCUCCUCUACCUCCUACUGAUGUUACAAAACCACCUCCACCGCUUCCUGCUACUCCCCCUAAACCUGCUCCACCAACCUUGCCUGAAAAUUCUAUUCCAAAAAAUCCAAAACAAGUUUCAGCCACAAAUUCCGAUUGGCCAGAGAGUUUGAACAAAUAUGUUCUGAGGUGUUAUGCCAAAUGUAAAACAGCUUUAGAUCGAGAUCAAAUAGAGAUAUGCUUGAAAGGUCGCAUAUCGUCUGCUAUGAACAAAGGGGAAAUCUGGAUUAAGAAUUGGGACGAAGAACCUAUACCCAGUGUCUAUAGUGAACGAAAUAAUUUAGUGGUUAAGGUUGUUCCAGGUCAAUUGUCACAAUUUCAGAAUACCAAUGCCUGUAGCCCAGUAAAAGCACCGGUGACACCACAAAAUAAAAAAGGAAUAUCACAAGCCUUAGGGGCAAGAUUAGGCGCAAGAAACUCUCUAAAAUCAAGAAGCUCUUCCAGAUCUAGGUCCAGGUCUAGUUCAGAUUCUUCCACAAAUGGCAAGAGGAGCAGGAGGAAAUCACGCCAUAGCAGAAGUCGCAGUCCAAGAAAAUCUAGAAUAAGUGAUUCCCAUUCCAGUAGUGACGAAAACUAUAAACCAUUGGUACGAAAUAAGAAUAAAGGUAAGAUUAUGGAGAGAUUAUCAUUGGCAGGGUCGCCUCAGAAAGGAAAAUCACCUCGACAGAAGCAAAAUAAGAAACAGCAGAAACAGCAAAAUAAGAAAUCGCAUUUCUAUUCUGAAUUUGGCAUUGUUGGUGGUGAGGUUGAAGGCAAUGAUGAGCGGUUGCAGCAGAGGGCAGCAAGGUUUAGUGAUGUCAAGAAACAAGUUCCAGUCGUAGCGUCUUCCACUGCUGGCAACAUCAACAGCAAUUGGCGUAAAGCGUCACCAAUUUAUUCCCAAACUGAUGUAGACGGCAUAGAUUUCUCUGAUUUCCAUAUAACCGGUACAUGUAGGGAUAUUGAAAAGUCUUUCUUGCGUUUGACUAAAGCCCCGGAAGCUUGUGAAGUAAGGCCUGUUGAAGUAUUAAGGACUUCUUUGCAAAAUGUCAAAGACAAGUGGAAUGAGAAAAAGGACUAUCAUUAUGCUUGCGACCAGCUUAAAUCUAUUAGACAAGAUUUAACUGUGCAAGUUAUUAGGGAUUCGUUCACAGUUCACGUUUAUGAAAUUCAUGCUAGGAUAGCUAUGGAGAAGGGGGAUAGAGAAGAAUUCAAUCAAUGCCAGACGCAAUUGAAAAUGUUGUAUAAUGAAUUAGGGGAUAAGGUUAUAGCGGAUACGAAUGGGAAGAGUAAUAGGCUUGAGUUUACUGGAUACAGGAUAUUGUACUACAUAUUUACAAACAGUACAUUAGAUUUAACAACCCUUUUAAAUGCAUUGUCGCCCGAAGACAAGUUAGAUGAAUGCAUUAGCCAUGCACUGCUACUGCAUUCUGCUUGGUCUGAAGGCAAUUAUCAUCGUUUCUUUAAAUUGUAUCAAAAUUCUCCUGCCAUGUCAGGUUACCUUAUAGAUUGGUUUGUGGUCAGAGAACGAACUCUAGCAUUGAAGAAAAUUAUAAAAUCCUACCGUCAAAAUAUUCCCGUGGCAUUCCUGACAUGCGAAUUGGCGUUCGAAAACGACGACGAAUGCUUGGAAUUUGUGACACCCCUCGGUGUAAUCUUUAGUGAUGUCUCGAAAACUUUAAUCGACUGUAAGAAUAGUAUGGCUGCAAUCUCCAAUAUUCAAUAGAUUGCUCAAAAUUUCAUUAAUUUGGCCGCAAAAUCUUUAUGCACAUUGUUUUCUCUAAUUCCUUCUUAUGAAAACGAUGUGCAUGUGUCUUUUGAUGCAAACCUUCUUCAAACAAUUCUGUUGUCAUGUUAAAUUGAUUCGGGUAAUCAUAAAUGGACAUUCGUAAUGGAUUAGGUUUUAGAAUAACUUAUAUAAUAAAUUAUGAGAUUGUACAAUAAAUUUGAAUGAAUGGAAGGCAAUGAAGACUACCGAGGGCAAGAUAAGAAGAAAGAAGAAUUAUGAAGAAGAAGUAUGCCAAUGUGCAAGUCCUUCCCUUCCCCGGGGGAAACAAAUUACCUGUUGAAUUGUCUGUUAAAAAUUUGGUUUGCCUGCUGACUGAAAAAACGACAGCAUUGUAAUUAUGAAUGUAUAUAGCAUAAGACUU